CCCCGCGCGCUCAGAAACAUGCUGAGGUCCCGGCGGCUCUUCCAGCAGCGGCAGCGGCUCCAGCAGCAGCGGCGGCGGCGGCGGCGGCGACAGCGCUCGGCUCCGGCGGAGAAGGCGCCCGGCGUCCAUGCCUCCGGCCCCGAGCCGCGGCUGCCCUGACCUGGCCGCGACCUCCCGCGCGGGCCCCGCAGCCCCGGCUCCCGGGGUGUUCCCCAGCCGCGGCCCAGUCCCGCCACACCCCCGCCCCCGGCCUCCGCAGCUCGGCAUGGGCGCGGGGGCGCUCGCCCUGGGCGCCUCCGAACCCUGCAACCUGUCGUCGGCCGCGCCGCUGCCCGACGGCGCGGCCACCGCGGCGCGGCUGCUGGUGCUCGCGUCGCCGCCCGCCUCGCUGCUGCCUCCCGCCAGCGAGGGCUCAGCGCCGCUGUCGCAGCAGUGGACUGCGGGCAUGGGCCUAUUGCUGGCGCUCAUCGUGUUGCUCAUCGUGGUAGGCAACGUGCUGGUGAUCGUGGCCAUCGCCAAGACCCCGCGGCUGCAGACGCUCACCAACCUCUUCAUCAUGUCCCUGGCCAGCGCCGACCUGGUCAUGGGACUGCUGGUGGUGCCUUUCGGGGCCACCAUAGUGGUGUGGGGCCGCUGGGAGUACGGCUCCUUUUUCUGCGAGCUCUGGACUUCGGUGGACGUGCUGUGUGUGACGGCCAGCAUCGAGACCCUGUGUGUCAUCGCCCUGGACCGCUACCUCGCCAUCACGUCGCCCUUCCGCUACCAGAGCCUGCUGACGCGCGCGCGAGCGCGGGCCCUCGUGUGCACGGUGUGGGCCAUCUCGGCUCUGGUGUCCUUCCUGCCCAUCCUCAUGCACUGGUGGCGGGCCGAGAGCGACGAGGCGCGCCGCUGCUACAACGACCCCAAGUGCUGCGAUUUCGUCACCAACCGGGCCUACGCCAUCGCCUCGUCCGUCGUCUCCUUCUACGUGCCCCUGUGCAUCAUGGCCUUCGUGUACCUGAGGGUCUUCCGCGAGGCCCAGAAGCAGGUGAAGAAGAUCGACAGUUGCGAGCGCCGCUUCCUCAGCGGUCCGGCCCGGCCGCCCUCGCCCGCGCCCUCGCCGUCGCCAGGGCCACCGCGCCCCGCAGACUCGCUGGCCAACGGGCGCUCCAGCAAGCGGCGGCCGUCGCGCCUCGUGGCCCUACGCGAGCAGAAGGCGCUCAAGACGCUGGGCAUCAUCAUGGGUGUGUUCACGCUCUGCUGGCUGCCCUUCUUCCUGGCCAACGUGGUGAAGGCCUUCCACCGCGACCUGGUGCCCGAUCGCCUCUUCGUCUUCUUUAACUGGCUGGGCUACGCCAACUCGGCCUUCAACCCCAUCAUCUACUGCCGCAGCCCCGACUUCCGCAAGGCCUUCCAGCGCCUGCUCUGCUGCGCGCGCCGGGCCGCCCGCAGACGCCGCGCAUCCCGCGGGGACCGGCCGCGCGCCUCCGGCUGCCUGGCGGGAGCUGGGCCGCCGCCGUCCCCCGGAGCUCCCUCGGACGACGACGACGACGAUGCCGGGGUCACACCACCCGCGCGCCUGCUGGAGCCCUGGGCAGGCUGCAACGGCGGAGCGACGACUGUGGACAGCGAUUCGAGCCUGGACGAGCCGGCGCGCCAGGGCUUCUCCUCGGAAUCCAAGGUGUAGAGGGCCAGGCUCUCCCGGCGCACGGACGCCGGUCCCCAUAGUCCCGGCCUGGGCACAGGCUCUGCGUCCCUAGAGGAAGAGAGCUCGCCGGGCCGCCCCUGAGCCGCUCCCCAGGGGAGAGAGGAGACCUCUGUUUACUCAAGACCGAAAGCAGGUGAACUCGAAGCCCACAGAUCUAUCCGAAUCAUCCAAAACGUACAGAAAAGCUCCGGACCGACCGUUGCGCAAAAAGGAAAGUUUGGGAGGAGUUGGGAAGAGUGUGGCUUUCUGAUCGUCUUGGGUUCCUUUCUCUCUGUGGUUCGGCCUUUUGUGUGUACUCGUGAUGCACCUUUAGGCUUUGUUUUUGUUUUUGUUUUGUUUUGCUUUGUUUCGUUUUUCCAGAUGGGUUUUGACAUUUUCUGCAAGGACCCAAGUGGAAACUAGGUGGGGAGGGUAAGGGGGAGGAUUGAAGUCUGUCACCUGGCCUUCCGGUUCCACACCUAGGAACCUAGGCAGCCAGCUCCAGGUCGGGGUGGGGGUGGGAGCGGUGAUAAUUAGCCAGGAAGUGUUUCCUUUUGCUUUCUAAAGAAAUUGCAUAUUAAUUCCGGAGUCCUAGUGUCUCCUAUUCUUAAAGCAAAGGGAAAAGAUGGACGCGAAACAGAUAAAUCUGGUUUGGAGAAACGUUAAGCUAUUCGUGGAACACGAUUCACCUUGCUUUCUUCUGGAGGGCAAACCCUGUCCCCUGCGCGCCUCGGUGGUCCUGCUGAGGGUUUUCUACCUCACUCUGUGCAUAUUGCACAGCAAGACAGAAAGACUUGUUUAUAUUAAACAGCUUAUUUAUGUAUCAAUAUUAGUUGGAAGGACCAGGCGCCGAGUCUCUCUUUGUGACAUGUGACUCUGUCAACUGAAGAUAGGACAGAAAAAAAGGAAACAGUUGAGAUUAUUGCACAUGUGGCUAAAAACAAAGACGGAAAAAAAAAGUGGUUGAAAAUGCCAUUUUGCACAGUGUUAGGCAUUGUGAAGUCCAUAAAAGAUGUUAACUUGCACAAAAAUUAAAUAUUUUUAAUGGGAUGGGGAGGUGGGCAGACCUUAAAAAGCUAAAUAAAAUUCAAACUCAAUUUCUCUUGUCUAUUAUAUUAUUGAGUUGAUGCUUUAUUGGGAAAUUACUUUUUAUACUCUUAUCAUGGUACUGUAACUGUAUCCAUAUUAUAAAUAUUAUUAUCUUACAUAUUUUUAUUAUUAUUUUUUAAUGUCCAAGUGCCCACGUGAAUCUGCUGGUAAAAUUUAGCACUCGUGUGUAUAUUCUAUUUCCUCUUGUGUGUGUGACCAAGUAUUUAUACUCUGGUACAACUAGCUACUGUGUGAGGAAUUGGUCCAUGUGCAAUAAAACAUCAGUGUGGCACAGUCAA